AUGAAUAGAAUACAUCCAGAAUUAAUGAAGGAAGGAAUGAAAUCCAAAAUCAAAGCAGAUAAAAUUAAACCACUUGCAACACCAAAACCUCCAACGACAGUACCGCCUCCUCCUUCAGUUAAUCCUUCAUCAUUCACUUUAUUAUAUCCAUUUCAAACAUUAAAGAAGCAAAAAGAUUUUAAAAAGGAUUUCAAGAUAUUAAAUAAACCAAUUGACCCAAAAAUUCAACCAUUAAAGGAAAAAUUUAGUCGCCCCUCAUUUGCACCAUAUCCAUAUUCAUACGAAAUUGAUCAUUUAGAAUAUUCAAAAGGAAACGUUACUUAUUUAUUUGCCAUUAACAUUAACACUAGAUAUUUAUAUUGCAUUCCAGUGAAAGGGAAAACAGAACAGGAAACAAGAAGAGCUAUUCAAUACUUACUAGAUCAUGAAAGAGUAGAUAAUAUAAGGGGUGAUGGUGAUAAAGGAUUUCAGGCAGCUAUGGCUCAUUAUUUCCCACAAAUUAAUUUUUACUUUUCAUCCUCUCCAUAUACGUUUCAUAAUAAAAUAGUUGAUGCGGUAAUGAGAACUCUUAGAGAUGCGUUAGGGGUUAACGGUCAGAUAUACUGGGAUGGAAAUCAUGACUUCAUCAUACAGCAGUUAGUAUAUUAUUACAAUAAUACAUGGCAUAGAACUAUAAACAUGAAACCGGUGGAAAUGAAAAAUGAUAUUUCAAAAGAAUGGGAAUAUAUUAGAAAGCAAAUGGAAAAGUUAAAUGAUGUUAAACGUGAACAAAUUAAUUCGGGGCUCAUGAAUUUUAAACAAGGGGAUAAAGUUUUGAUUCAUCUCGAUUAUGGAAAAACUGAUAAAUCAAUGACAAAAAGAAGACGAAGAUUUGACACAAUAGCUGAAUUUGUUAGAUAUAUUAACGGCAAUGCAUUAGUUGAAGUUGACAAUAAAUUAA